AUGUCGACCGUCGUGGGUAUUGCUGGCCUCACUGGCAAGUUUGCUCAGUGCGUGGCGAAGGAACUGUACGCAAACCAUAAUGUGACCUUGAAGGGUUUCUGCCGGAGUCCACAGAAGUUGCCACAGCUGGCAAUGGAAAAGUACCAAAUUGAGGUCAUCCAGGGCCAAUUUGAUGAUGAGGCAGCCGUCCGAAAGUUCGUUCAAGGAACCAACAUCGUUAUUUGCUGCUACUUUGGCGACCCCGAUGUCAUGACUCGGGGCCAGAAGAUUCCGAUUGACGCCUGUGUCAAGGAGGGCGUCCCACGGUAUCUGCCGAUAGAGCAGAAACUGGCAGGCGUUCACGUUCUAGUUGGUGGUCUGAUUGAGACCUUCUGGAGCGACUUCUUCCAGAUCUUUGAUUCCCAUACCCAGACAAUCUCCUACUGGGGCACGGGUGAUGAAAAAUGGGACCUGACGACGUAUGAGACCGCGGCCGCCUACGUCGCAGCUCUAGCAGUCGACAAAAACGCAUCCGGAGUCUUUCGCUUCCGGGGCGACUACAAGAGCGUUUUCGAAAUCAAGAAGAUUUAUGAAGAGGUCUAUCAAUCUCCUCUCCACCUGAAGCCUCUCGGUUCUCUUGGUGAGCUCUACAACACCGUCAAGAAAGAGUUUGGCAAGGACCCAAACAACGUCAUGGCUUGGGCUCCCGGUUGCUUUGCUUAUUGGUGCACGAAUGGAGUUGCGCAUCUUGGUGACAAGCUUGACAAUGAGAAAUACCCUGGGGUCAUCCCAAACGACAUGGAGGAGUUCUUGAAAUCCCACAAGAAGGAGGAUAUUGCCACUGUAGAUCGGCAGCUUGGUUUCUGA